AUGAAGAUAGGAAAAAGUAAUACGAUUGGAAGUAUAGGAGCUGACACGGCUAUCGACGACUCUGGUGCAACCCAGUACAACGCCCUUGAUGCCCAUUCCAAGCCCGCGUCUUCCAAAGAUUCGGUCAGCCACACCGAGAAUAUUGUACAAAAACACCCAACACUUUACUUUGAUGAUACUGUAAUAUUUAUAAAAAUGAAGCUUGAGGAUACGCUGUUCAGCGUCCACAAAAGGAGACUAAUUAAGUCAAAAUCGUUCUCAAAGUGGUUUGAGUUACAGAAUCUUUCCUCAAAGCCGGAGGAGUGCAAUGAGGGCCUGUCUUCAGAAAAUCCGAUCGUGAUACAAGGGAUCAGCAUGUCUGAUUUCGAGGGGUUUCUGAAGGUCCUUUACGCCUCGCACUUUUCAGACAACAGGUCAUCACACGAGAUUUCACUCAUUAUUUCUGCGUAUCGUUUGGCAGUCCUGUGGCAAUUUUCGGAGCUCCAAGAUUUUCUCUUCUCCCUUGUCGAUCAAUCAUUUGACGAUCCCGGGAAGAUUGCGUUCGCAAAGUCAUUUGGGCUAAAGGACUGGCUUCAAGCUCCCCAUGUUAGGUUAUGCCAACGUGACGAGCCACUGACUUUGGAUGAGGCAAAGAAAAUUGGCGUUGAUAGCCUCUUGGUGAUUAGCAACCUACGAGAGGAAUUUCCUCCCAAGAAAUUGGCCUCGCAUCAAUCGUGGAGCAUUAAUUGUGUUGGGAUCUAUCAACGGAGGGAUUCAUACUCGUAUUCGAAUUCAAAUUCAACAUACACGCACUGUGGUUCUUGCCUCAAAAAUCACCCUUGGCCUACUCCCGAAGUUGUCAAGAAUACAAUUGAAACGCGAAUCAAGGAAUGGAUUGAAAAGAAUAUGUGA